GGCCUUUUAUUUAUCUGUCAGAAAAUAUAUUUAGAAAUAAAACAUGAAUCGCUCCAGAAAAAAAUGCUCACCGAUGCUGCAGAAGAGCUUGGAUAUGCGCCUGCGCGGCGCCCAGGCCAAGGCGUACCUCAAGCGGGGCGCCUUCAACGCGGUCGUCCUGCUGCUGCUGCUGCUCCACUUGUCUAGGACGUGCCCGUGCCAGCGGCGAGGCUACUUUUUCACGGCAGAGUGCACCGUGGCCACAGUGGUGGCCCUGAACGCGGUGGCCUGUCUGGCCAAGUACUCGUGGCUAUGGCUUAGCGGCGUCCAUGUGAUUGGGACGAAUGCCCAGAAGUGCCUACUGGAUGGCUAUGAUGGCAACUCUUUCAGGACCAUCUGCAUACAGAAGGAGAAGAAGCCGCGUUGCCCUGAAGUAGAACCCUGUUUCAACGAUUAUGUCAUCAAUUGGCAUUCAUCGUUCGAGGACGCCCGCUGCCGUCCCAAACGCAACCUCGCCGGGACUCCCCAACGGCAGAGUGCCCACGCAGAGGUGCCGCCCGACGACUGCCUCACCGAUGUCCGCCAGCUGCCGGCCCUGAUGAAGAGUGCCCGGCGUCACCGGAGAAGCUUGGACAUUUCCGACGGGACCAGCGCGCAGCACACGAGCCCGGGCAAUGCGUUCUGGCACUGUUGCAACAACCAGUCUAUCGAGAUGAAGACAAUCUAUCAGCUGGCGCCCCCGCCGCCACCGGCCUGCGCCGAGAACGCCCCCAUGACCUUCGAGGAGUUCAGCUCGUUCCAGUUCAAGGACAGCAGCUCGGAGGUAAUCAGUCGCAUCGCCACGGACAAGCUGCCGCAAUAUGUGGCCAACCUCAGAUACUGGAUCUCCACCACCGUAAUGCAGCGCCUGGUCGAUGAGAUCGACAACGUGGACAAAGUGUUCCGGCACCGAGGCUUCAACGACAUGAAGAUCGGAGCCGUGAGCCUGGAGCGUCUGCGCGUGGCAGCCGAAAACCAACAAUUCGUGCAGACCUGUGCCCCCUCGCUGCCCACGCUCCUGCUCUUCCUCGACGGCUUCAGCAACCAGGAAUAUUUGGUGCAACGCAUCAGGGACCUGUCGCAGGGCUCCCGCCUGGCCGAUUUCGGCUGCAACGGCCGCGAAUCGGCCGAUCACUUGCCCACGGACGCCGCUAUUGUUUUCCAUCUGUUCUGCGCGUAUUUGGACAGCCAGCUGAUGCAGACGCACCAGACGCACGGAGGAUGGCGGCUCUUCCACCACUACUAUGUGCUGGUCCGCGACGACAAGCGCUCCCUGGCGGCCAAGGACAUUGCGCUUGCGGUGCACAACCUGGCCCACUGCGCCAUCCUCUGCACCGGCAGCCCUCUGGACCCCAAGUUCAAUUUUAUCAGCGGCAAGGAGCUGCACAACUGCACCUACGACAGAAACAACUUGUUCUGCGUGAUCAUUCAGUUCCUGCUCUACAUGCGCCAGCGGCAGGGGUCCUCGCUCGAAGGAGUCAGCCUGGGGAAGGGUGGCAUCAACAUCAUGUGCGCUAUCGGCAACUGAGACAGCCAAUGCUCAUAUUUUAAUACCAAACUGUAUUAAAGCUGCACUAUCACUAUAAUUAUGACCACAACUGUAAGCUCCUAUGAUUUCUGCGGAAAAAACCCAAUACCACGGAAUGCUGGAAGGAUACCCCACUAUGACACUCAAUUAAACUCAAUUGUUGUUUAAUUA